AGUGAGUGAACGAUUAAACGGAGAACAAUAUUUACUGGGACGUGGAGUGAAUGGGAGGACUGUAAUAAGGGAGUGGAUGGUGCUGCUGCUGGGGCUGAGUGGAGAGACGAGUGGACGAGUGAUUGAGGCGAUGAAAGAGUUCCUGAGAGCAUGUGGCGUGCAAGCUGUAGGGAAUGACAUCUUGCCCCGAGUAGCUGAACACCGAUUUUCUGUAUGUAUUGUUUUUUUCUGCAUGUAUCACUAGUUUUAUAAUCACACUCUGUCCUGCCUGGGGGUUGGGAUGGCAUGUUCCUCCCUUCUCCCUUGUUAUUUACCUGCAACGAUAAAUUAUCAAUCACCAAUCACAGGAGCUGCCGAUAAAAAGGCCUGGCUGGGAGAAAUCUCAAGCCACCUGUGACAUCAAGAUCAAGAUCGAGGCUCCCAACGUCAACACGGCUGCUCCUCAGACCUCAAGCCAUUCCCCGCCGCCAUGACCUUCCCCACGAGCCACAAGACGGUGUUCGUGCUGGACCACACCCUGACGGCCUCCUCGGGGGUGCGCCUGGAGGUGGACAGCUUCAGCAAGGGGCGCGGCGGCAGCAACGGGUCCGGGGGUGGCGGCGCGGCUCUCCCCCAGCCUCUCAACCUCAUCCCGCUGCGCCCCGUCACCAAGACCCUCUGGACCUGUGCCGUGGAGGCCAUCACCGAGUACUGCAGGAUUGUGUGGGACAUAUUUCCAGGCUCCAGACUAAUACGUUUUGUUGCUGUUGACAAAAUGGCCCACAAACUGUCAUCCUGGAGUUCAGAGGACCAAAACCUAACAAGCCUCAUGACUGCCUUCAUGAUGCUUGGACCAGCUAAAGCCAUUGAUCCAGGUAAGCUGGACCUCUUUAAGGGCCUCAGAACUGCCAUUGAAAUUUUGACGGAGCCUUCUGCUGUCCAGCAUGAGAAGCGAACCUCUCUUACAGAGAGUGCUACGAAAGUUCUCAACAAGGGAAGAAUUAUUUUGGUGUCCAAAUUUGACACAGAAGAGGAAAUAAAAGCACUAAAAGACAAGUUUCAUGAUACACUUUUACACUUGAACAAGGGGGCUGCAGCAACAGACAACUUGAUGGCCAUUAACCACUGUGAUCUGGUGCUCCUCAACCUGUGGCCUGAUGGUCCUGGGUGCCCUGUUUCCCGUCGGACAUGGCCCGACGUGUCGACUAUCAUGUCCUGUGAGUUCACCAACCUCCAGGGUGGCAUGAGUUUGGCACCAAAGCUCUGCAACCUGGUGUUGAAGCAUUAUGACCUCGCCUCCACCACAGUAACUGGCAUACCCAUGAAGGAGGAGCAGAAUGCCAGUUCCUCGGCCAACUAUGACGUUGAGUUGUUCCAUCCAGCCGCUGCCCACGCUGCCAUCCUCAAAGGCAUACCAACAGAAACUGCUCACCUGAAGACUUACCGUGAGGGUGCAGAUUAUGAAACAGUGACCCUGAAGUGGUGCACACCACGCAGCAAUGCCAACAUUGAGCUGCAGCACUGUUCCUCCGCCUACAGGAUUACCUCUGUCGAUGUUAACAGUCGACCCUCAUCCUGCUUGACAAACUUUCUGCUGAAUGGCCGUUGGGUCAUGCUGGAAAUGCCUCGCAAGUCAGGAAGCAAAGUCAUAUCCCAUAUGCUGGCCUGCCAUGGAGGGGACAUAUAUAUCCAUACCAUGUACACAUCUCGCAGCAUCCUGGAAGACCCUCCCUCCAUUAGUGAAGGCUGUGGAGGCCGUGUUACUGAUUACAGGAUCCCAGACUUUGGAGAAUUCAUCAAGGCAAACAAACUGGCCCCUUAUCCAGCAUCAGCCCUGGGUAGUGACGAAGCAUCAUCAUCAUCACCCCUGGCAAAGAGUCGUGAACAAUUGAGCAGACACACCAAGUACUGGCCCAUCACACUCUCAACCACAUCACUCUUCACCUUGGGUCCGCAGGUUGAGCCACUCACCACAUUGAUGGUCAAGGACACUCUGACAGAUGAUGAAGUUGUUGAAUGUAAGCAAGUGAUUCUCUGUCUGAUGAGUAUGGAGGCUCGUGGAGACCCUCUGCCGUCCCCCAUGGCUGGGCAGCGGGGCAAGGGCAUGAAGCGGGAGGACCAGUACAGGGCAGUGUGGGCAGAGCUGGAGCAGUAUUUACAGGUACACUUGCACUCCCCAGCCCAUGAGAAGGUAUUAAAGUGUUUCAUGGACUGCCACAACAAAGCAUCAACACCAGAAUACAAAAGCGAUGAGAAGGUCGACAUAGCCCAAGCUUUGAAGGAGUUGGACGACAUCAUGACUGAUCGAGAGAAGGUAGAUUUCAACAUGGGAGGAAUGAAGCACAUGUCUCCUGACCUUCCCCUCCCUGACAGCAAGCGGCGGCGCACUGCUCCUCCGCCUCUGACCCCCAUGGGACGCAGCAGUGGGGUCAGCCUCCUUACAUUGUGGGAGAAUAAGGUCUCCUCGGAACAGUCUCGCCGUUGUCUCGAGUUUCAAGGACGGUUACGAGCAGAGGGAAAUGUCACCAAACUCUAUAUCAACUUUCAGAAAGACAAGGACAAAGAUGACAGUGGAUCAAGGAAAAAGAAUUGAGAUGACCUGUUUUAGCUUUCUCAAUAUUUGUAAUAUCAUUCAUUACAGUUAUUGCAAUAUAGUAUUAUCCAGUCAUGAAAAAGUAUUGACAAGUCACUAGGAAAUAUUUCCUAGGCUUUGUAGAGUAGUUCAAUCAUACAGUACCUGAUUAUUUUGUUAAAAAUUUUAUACAUGUAAACUAGUGACAUGUUUGAUGAUACUAACAAAGAAAAGGAAACUGCCAGUUGAAGGGAAUGAAAAGCAAGGUGUUGCUUUGCAAAAGUAUGUGGACAAAGUAAUGAAGCUUAAAACUAUUUUGUGACCGUAAAUGUUGACAAGAGUGAGCUGAAGUGUUUUUGUUUGAUCUGGUCAAGCAUGGACAAAAAAAGAGAUUUGUGAAAUCCCUGAAGUGUAUCAUAGAAAAGGGAGUAUGCUAAGCAGGGAUGUAAAAAAAAUAAACAAAUGCUGGCUUAUGUGCACCAGCACUGAAAUGCACGUGAGUAGGAUAUUAAACUGGUGCAGUGAUUGAAAAGUUGAGAAGUGCCUGUACUGUAAAUAAGUAAGAAAAAUCUAAAUGUUCUUGGAAUGUGUAGCAAACUUGAUAGAACGAAGAAAAUUAUUUAGGGUGGUUGUCAUUUAUGCCACCCUGAAGAGGUUUGACCAAAUCUAUGCAAGCCAGUGAGAACAAAAAAAGCCCCGUGAAAGUGGAUGACAGAUUAGAUGAAUUUCCCAGCGUGAUGGUGGGAGCCUCAAAGGACUAGUUACUGGAAGGAUUGGGUGUCUGGACAGGAACAAGUUUAGAUUCAAACACAGCCACUGUUCUGAAGAAGCCUCAUGGUGGAGGCAUUAGCAGGUAUGGUGGUACCAAUUGUUGAUACUUUGUAGCCCAUUAACUACAGCACUAAUAUCACAGGGUAGAGAAAACUCUUGUAGUUCUUACUCACAUAUAUUAUUAUAAAAAGUCAUGCCUUUCCCCUGCUCCAUACAUACAUAAAUCAUACUUUUUUUCUUUUUGAAAUACAAAAUUGUUCUAAUA